AUGAUCAACUGGUCCAUGGCGUUGUUUGCGCUCAUGCUUUCAGCGUCCGUCGCGCUGUCGUUCAAGAUGAGCAAAGUGGUCGACAACUUAGGCCUUCGGCGAUCGAUAGCGGACGCGUGUUGUCGUGCUCGGGCGGUCCUGAACGCGUACUUUGAAACAUGCGAAGAGUUUGAGGCGUUUACAACAUUUGCCAAGUCGGAGUUCAUUGUGGAAUGUGUCUUGGGCUGGCGAGCCCUCGUGGAUUAUCGAUCCCAAGUUCCUGGACACCUCGCGUCCAUCGAGAUCUACAAUCAGUUCCUUUCCCCGACAGCCCCAUUCCCGCUGGACAACACCGUCAAGGGGACACCACUGAAGCGACAUGUUGUCGCGUUGGAGGGAAGCACCAAGAGCAGCGCGAACCCUGACGAGGGGCCGCGGUGGGCACAGUACCAGUACUUUGAUGUGCUCUUGGGCGCCAUCGUGGAUAAGAUCCUCCAUGAAACUCUCCCCCGAUUCCAACGGCACGCUCUCGGCGUGGGCUGGUUCAAGUUAGUUGUCGUAUACAGCGCUGAUCCCAACGGAGGACUCGCCUGGCCACCGACGCAUCACUCCAACGUCGACGAUCAAGAAUGAGGCAAUCAAGCCAAGCACGGGCCGAUUGAAACGGAAGACUUGCGUUCGUCUCUCGCGGGCGCGAACUCGAUGACAGGGAUGAUACACAAGCGACUGCGAUGAUAGACAAGCGACUGCACCCGCUCCCAGAUCUGGGUAGUACAGAUGAGUGUGGUCAACACCUUGAACAUGUCACUAGCUUGAUCGCUUCGAAUGCACAUUUCCAUUGUCGACAAUCGGGGGUCUAAUCAUAUUCGGCAGCCGCAUGGGCUAGAUGCGAACGCUAAGAG